AUGACAAAGAAGUUACAUUCAUAUACUUCGUUUAGAAGAUAUGUAAAACUGGCUAAUGAGGACUAUGGUGCUCAAUGCUUAGCUCGUGAAGACCUCUCGCAGAAGCGAAGCAAAUUGAGAAAUGAUGUAAACACAAUUUCUCUGUCAAAGCUUAUGGGCCGUGGCCAUUGCCUUAGAUAUUUUGUUCUGCUGCUUUCCAUAAUUCUGUUCUUCCUUUGGUCCUUGGGAGCAAAGGUUUUGAUUGAUGAUAAUCCAAGAUAUGCAAUCGAGUGUGCUGAAGUUGGGAUCAAGGUUCUUCUUUUCGAUUAUGAGAAUUCGUAUCCUUGGUCCAAGAUGGUUAAUCGACAUCCUCUUGUCACCAAGGUCCACAACUGGGAAGAGGUGGAGCAUCAGUUAGGAUUGUGGAUUACGCCAUGA